CUGGCGAGUAGAGCCUGAAGCACGAGAGAUGUGAGACGCCACAUACUUAUGUACCGGUGUUUUCGUCGUGCUCAAGCUUUUUGUAUUCCACGCGAGAGAGUACAAUAAUACACAAGAGCUAACAUCUUGUAUACUGCAAACAAGCAUGUCAGACGACGAGGACGUGCCUUACGUCAAGAAGACGACAAAAACCGUGCACUAUGGCUCGCUGGAGGAGGCGGAACGGAUGCGCCUGUCGUCCGGAGUCCUCGAUAGCAACGGUGAUAGCGAUGCUUUCCCGACUCCGGUCAAUGUCCACAUCUCAAAUGAGUACAUGGAACUCGAGAAUGACAUGUCCAAGGAUCGACAGGCCCUGUUGGAAGAGUUCGAGAGACGUAAGAAGGCAAGACAGAUCAACGUUUCUACGGAUGAUUCAGAGGUGAAAAAGAACUUGAGGCACCUGGAAGAGCCAAUCUGUUUGUUCGGUGAGGGCCCCGCAGACAGGAGAAACAGGUUAAGGGAACUGCUGGCGAGUUUGGGCGAGGACGCUAUCAAAAGGAAGGACGUAGAGGAGAAGUUCGUGCAGCCAGAAAAAGAUCCAGAAAGCACUUGGUACCAUGAAGGACCUGAUUCAUUGAGGAACGCUAGGCUAUGGAUUUCUGCUUAUUCCGUUAAGCGAGCAAAAUUUAGGCUGGAAAAAGCAAGGAAAGAUUUAGAGGUAUCCGCUGCUACUAAAACUGCCAAGAGGCAAGAGUUGCUAAAGAAACUCCAGAAUUUGAGCACUUACUGCUCAGAAGUCGGAGAUGCAAGACCCAUUUCUUACUGUCAGUUCAGUCCAAAUUCAAAGGUACUGGCAACAGCUUCAUGGUCAGGGUUGUGUAAGCUCUGGUCUGUUCCUGAUUGUACUCUAUUAAGAACGUUAAAAGGCCACGAAUGCAUUGUAGGGUGCAUCGUGUUUCAUCCAAAGGCAACCAUUGCUGAGGACAUGUUUGCAGACAGGGUGUCUAGGAUUUGUGUAUUGGCAAGCUGUGCUAGCGACGGUUCGGUAAAGCUCUGGGGUGGUGGAAAGAGUGAAAAGCCUCUGGCAGAAGUUGAAGGCCACGAGCCUCACAGAGUAUCCAGAUUAGCGUUCCACCCAUCUGGCAGAUUUUUAGGUACCUGCUGUUAUGACUCCUCAUGGCGUUUGUGGGACUUGGAGCAGCAGGCAGAAGUUUUGCAUCAGGAGGGUCACACUAGGCCCGUUCAUUGCAUGAGUUUCCAGUGUGAUGGAUCAGUCGUAGCAACUGGUGGGCAAGACUCCUUUGGGAGAGUCUGGGAUCUCAGAACUGGAAGGUGCAUCAUGUUCAUGGAAGGACAUUUAAAAUCAAUAUUUGGAAUUGAUUUUUCGCCAAAUGGUUAUCACAUAGCAACUGGUUCAGAGGAUAACUCUUGCAAAAUUUGGGAUCUCAGAAAAAGAUCUUGCUUAUACACGAUACCAGCUCAUUUGAAUCUCAUAGCAGACGUAAAGUAUCAAAAGGAAGAAGGACAAUACUUGGUAACUGCUUCUUAUGACAACAGUGCAAAAAUAUGGUCAAACAAUACUUGGCAGCCACUCAAAACUUUGUCCGGUCACGAUGGAAAAGUCAUGUCUGUUGACAUAUCUCCAGAUCAAAAAUACAUAGCAACAACUUCUUAUGAUAGAACGUUUAAACUAUGGGCCCCUGAAGUAUAAUACUAUUAAAUACAAUUAAAAUUAUACGUAUUUUUCGACUCAGACUUGGUUUGUAAAAAACAAAAGUACCUGUAAUUAUUAGUUGUGAGAUAUACAAAUUGUAAAUAAUGUUUUUUAUGAAUUACAAUAA